AUGGAAGUGGUCUUGCAUUAUCGACCACAUCAGAGAGAUCUAAUAAAGCUGCAGAAAUUUGCAGAAGCAGCUAUGAAGGAGUUUCCCAUUCGUCAGUUACCAAGAUUUACACCCUGGUUUCCAAAUGAUUUGUACAGACUUCCCCUCAAGCCAAAAAAGUGGCCACCUGUUAUUUCUUGUGAGGAAGCAGAAGAAUUGAAACGACUUUCUACACCUUCAGAAUAUGUUACAGGAUCUCCUGAUUAUGACUGCACAAAAAAUCUCCUUGAGUUCCAGUCUAACAUGAAACAUGGGCAGACUUCAAUCCAAGCACAGACUGUUCACAGACCAAUUAACUUGGACAAUCAAGGAGAACCACCACCUAAUGGAAAACAGAAAUUGAAAAGGUCUUGGAGUGUCUCUCUCCCUAGCCCUAAGCUUAAAGAAAAGAUUCUUCCUUUAUCUCAAGAACUGCAAAAUAAUUUGGAAAGACUAAAGCUGCAUGCAUUUUAUAGAGCAAAGUGGACAAUUGAACAGUCUGUUUCUAAUGAUCAGAAUUUGGAGGACAUCUGGAUAAAACUGAAUAGACUCAUCAAGCAGAAUGAGUUGCCAUCUUGCAAUGCUACUAUCCAAAGAUCUGUGGGACAGAUAUGGAUUUUCUGUGAUAUAUUAUACUGUGAAUACGUUAGAAAUAUUCUUAGGGAAAAGCUAAGCCUUACUGAUAAAAUGAAUUUGAUUGUACAUAAAUUUGGAAUUAUAUUUAGUUUAUAA